UUUGCAGGCCACGGGAAGAACCAUAAGGAUGCAGCAUCAGUGCGAGCCACACACCCAAUCCCUGCUGCCUGUGGGAUCUACUACUUUGAAGUGAAGAUUGUCAGUAAAGGUCGAGAUGGGUACAUGGGCAUCGGCCUGUCUGCACAGGGAGUCAACAUGAACAGACUGCCUGGAUGGGACAAGCACUCAUAUGGUUACCAUGGAGAUGAUGGCCACUCUUUCUGCUCCUCUGGGACGGGCCAACCGUAUGGGCCGACGUUCACCACGGGUGAUGUGAUUGGCUGCUGUGUCAACCUCAUCAACAACACCUGCUUUUACACCAAAAAUGGCAUCAGUUUAGGUGUUGCCUUCACGGACCUUCCUCCUAACCUGUAUCCCACCGUGGGGCUUCAGACGCCAGGAGAGAUUGUAGAUGCAAACUUCGGCCAGCAGCCAUUUGUCUUUGACAUCGAGGACUACAUGAGCGAGUGGCGGGCGAAGAUCCACGGAAUGAUUUCCAGCUUCCCCAUCGGCGAGCGGCUGGGGGAGUGGCAGGCCGUCCUGCAGAAUAUGGUGUCCAGCUACUUGGUGCAUCAUGGAUAUUGUGCAACUGCAACAGCGUUCGCCAGAGCCACAGAGACCACAAUACAAGAGGACCAGUUGUCUAUAAAGAACAGACAAAGAAUACAGAAGCUGGUUCUGGCAGGGCGGGUCGGGGAAGCCAUCGAAGCCACUCAGCAGCUCUAUCCGGGUCUGUUGGAACGCAACCCCAACCUGCUCUUCAUGUUGAAAUGUCGGCAGUUUGUGGAGAUGGUGAACGGCACAGACAGCGAGGUUUGCUGCCUGACGGUCCGCUCCCCAAAGUCCCAGGACAGUUACCCCGGUUCCCCCAGCCUCAGCCCGCGGCACGCAGCAAGCAGCACGCACAUCCACAGUACUGGAGCAGACAGCCCCACCUGCAGUAAUGGUGUCGCCACGCCCAACAAGGCAAAGAUUCACAGCAGCAGCAUUAAAUACCCCAGCGCCUCCUCCUCUAACUCCUCCUCUACCUCCUCCUCCCCUUCCUCCAUAAACUACUCUGAGUCCAACUCCUCGGACUCCACCAAGAGUCAGCCGCACAGCGCCAAUAGCACCCAGGAAACCAGUGACAGUGAGAUGGAGAUCGAAGCGGAGCAUUACACCAAUGGUGUCGUCGAAAGCUCGUCGGCCCGGAUCAUGAAUGGCACGUACAGACAUGAAGAGAUCCUUCAGCCCGAUGAUAACAGCAUCUGCAACGGUGUCACUGGAGCACAAAAACACUCUGAUGGGAGCCGCAGUAAUGGCAAACAGUUCUGUGGAGGGAACCAGGCAGCCACAGAGAGGAUGAUCCAGUUUGGGCGGGAGCUGCAGGCGCUCAGCGAACAACUGUGCCGCGACUAUGGCACUAACACCACGCACAAGAAGAUGUUACAGGAUGCAUUUAGCCUGCUGGCUUACUCAGACCCCUGGAACUGCCCAGUGGGCCAGCAGUUGGACCCCACACAGAGAGAAUCACUCUGCUCCGCUCUCAACAGCGCCAUUCUGGAGUCCCAGAACCUUCCCAAGCAGCCUCCGUUGAUGCUGGCGCUCGGACAGGCCACAGAGUGCGUUCAGCUCAUGGCUCGGGUUCGGUCCGGUUCCUGCUCCUUCGCCAGGAUAGACAACUUUUUGCACUAGCCCUCGAUCAGGUAAAUCUUAAGCAGCACUGAGAUGUCCAGCUGGUUGUUGUCAAGGCGACGAAGAGGCGAGCAUGCGUCUGAUUGGAGCAGAGAAAGGAAGAAGGCUUCCUAUUUAAUUUAGUAUUAUCAGAUUUAAUAAAUGUGUGACACUAUUUAAAGAUUAUUAUUAUUAUUAUUCAGUUUAUUUAGCCUUUUUUUU